AACACGCACUAAAGCACGCAUUGUUGAUCAGAGCAGAAAAGCCCUAGGUGUUGGAGCAUUUUGAGUUUUUUUUUUAUUCCGUCAAAUCACACACACUCACUCACAGACACAGAGGUAUAUCGGCUGCGGAAGCGGUGGCGGUGGUGGUGGCGUCGGCGGUGGAAAUUUUGGUAAGGAGAGGAGGAGGUGCUGUAUGUCAGUAGAUUAUUGUUAUAGACAUUUUUGCGGUGGAUUUGGAUUGGGAGAGUUAGCGAAUCAGUUACAAUGGCCGCAGUUACGCAAAAGGCGACGCCUCCGUCUCCGACUUCCUCCGUGGCCGCCGGUGCUUCCUCCGUCCUCGUUCGCCGGGAGGCCGCAGCCGUAGCCUCGGCGUUGCAGGACUGGAAUGAUGAUCAUACGGGGAAGAAACAGGUGGCAUCUGUGGUUCGCUCUGAGCCGGCGUCAAAUGCCACCAACAAAGGGAUUCAGCUUUUGCAAAGGGCUCAAACCUGCCAUCCUUUGGAUCCUUUAACUGCUGCAGAGAUCUCUGUGGCUGUAGCAACCGUCCGUGCUGCUGGUGCAACCCCUGAGGUUAGAGAUGGUAUGCGAUUUAUUGAAGUUGUACUGUUGGAACCAGAAAAAAAUGUUGUUGCACUGGCAGAUGCAUAUUUCUUCCCCCCUUUCCAGCCAUCAUUACUUCCCAGAACCAAAGGAGGGCCUGCAAUUCCCAGUAAGCUCCCACCAAGGCGGGCUAGACUUGUUGUCUACAAUAAAAAAUCUAAUGAGACAAGUUUAUGGAUUGUUCAGCUCACUCAGGUACAUGCAACAACUCGAGGUGGACACCAUAGGGGAAAGGUCAUCUCUUCAGCAGUUGUCCCAGAUGUUCAGCCACCAAUGGAUGCAGUGGAAUAUGCUGAAUGCGAAGCUGUUGUAAAAGAUUAUCCUCCAUUUGUGGAAGCAAUGAAGAAGAGGGGGAUUGAUGAUAUGGAUCUUGUGAUGGUCGAUGCUUGGUGUGUUGGUUAUCACAGUGAAGCUGAUGCUCCUGGACGCAGACUUGCAAAACCGCUAAUAUUUUGUAGAACGGAGAGUGACUGUCCAAUGGAAAAUGGUUAUGCACGACCUGUUGAAGGAAUUCAUGUACUUGUUGAUAUGCAAAAUAUGGUGGUCGUUGAAUUUGAAGACCGUAAACUUGUUCCCUUACCUCCUGCUGAUCCACUAAGGAAUUAUACUCCUGGUGAGACAAGAGGAGGAGUUGACCGGAGUGAUGUGAAACCCCUACAUAUCAAUCAGCCCGAGGGUCCAAGUUUUCGCGUAAAUGGACACUAUGUAGAAUGGCAAAAGUGGAACUUUCGUGUUGGUUUCACUCCUAGAGAGGGGUUAGUUAUACAUUCUGUUGCAUAUGUUGAUGGUAGUCGUGGUAGAAGACCCAUAGCCCAUAGGUUGAGUUUUGUGGAGAUGGUUGUGCCAUAUGGGGAUCCAAAUGAUCCACAUUACAGAAAGAAUGCAUUUGAUGCUGGGGAAGAUGGCCUUGGGAAAAAUGCUCAUUCUCUGAAAAAGGGAUGUGAUUGCUUAGGAUUUAUUAAGUACUUCGAUGCCCAUUUUACAAAUUUCACUGGAGGUGUUGAAACCAUUGAAAAUUGUGUUUGCUUGCAUGAAGAAGAUCAUGGGAUCUUAUGGAAGCAUCAGGAUUGGAGAACCGGACUGGCAGAAGUUCGAAGAUCUAGACGCCUCACAGUUUCUUUUAUUUGCACAGUAGCUAAUUAUGAGUAUGGAUUUUAUUGGCAUUUUUAUCAGGAUGGAAAAAUUGAAGCAGAAGUUAAACUCACUGGAAUUCUUAGUUUAGGAGCACUGCAACCAGGAGAAUCUCGAAAAUAUGGCACAACAAUUGCUCCAGGUUUGUAUGCUCCUGUUCAUCAACACUUUUUUGUUGCUCGCAUGGAUAUGGCAGUUGACUGCAAGCCUGGAGAAGCCCACAAUCAGGUUGUUGAAGUAAAUGUCAGAGUUGAAGAACCUGGGAAAGAUAAUGUGCACAACAAUGCAUUUUAUGCUGAAGAAACUUUACUCAGAUCUGAACUAGAAGCAAUGCGAGAUAUUGAUCCUUUCUCUGCCCGCCAUUGGAUUAUCAGGAACACGAGAACAGUGAAUAGGACUGGGCAACUCACUGGUUACAAAUUAGUACCUGGUUCAAACUGUCUGCCAAUGGCUGGUCCUGAGGCUAAAUUCCUGAGAAGAGCUGCAUUUUUGAAGCACAAUCUAUGGGUUACACAAUAUGCACGUGGAGAGGACUUUCCUGGAGGAGAGUUUCCUAAUCAGAACCCACGUGUUGGUGAGGGAUUGGAUUCAUGGGUUAAGCAAAAUCGUUCUCUUGAAGAAACUGAUAUUGUUCUGUGGUACGUUUUUGGUAUCACACAUGUUCCACGUUUGGAAGAUUGGCCUGUUAUGCCUGUCGAGCGCAUUGGUUUUUUGCUUCAGCCACACGGGUUUUUUAACUGCUCUCCUGCGGUCGAUGUUCCACCUGGUGCAUGCGAGAUGGAUGGCAAAGAUAACGAUGUCAAAGAGAGCAGCCUAGCAAAGCCAAUCCCAACUGGUCUAGUGGCCAAACUCUGAGGAAUACUUCUUUCUGUAUGAAACAGUUCCUCAUGGCUAUGCUGCAGAGUGACAGUCCUGUCCUGUCACUCCUCGCUUAGAAGCUAUUGUUUGGAAUACAGUUAAGUUUUCGCUAUGGUUUCAAGUACUGCUGAACGCAAUGGAUUGUGUACUGUUUUCUUGAGAUUCUGAGCCAAAAAACUGCUGUUUACCUUUCGCUAGUUCCCUUGGCCUGCUUGGUUUGUCCUUGUUGCAUAGGAAUUUGCAGGUUGUGCUGUGAAGUCCAAGAGUUUGAAUUUUAUAUAAACCAGGAUAUUAUUUUCCUGUCUUCGUACUGUGGAGAUUUGAAUGAUUUAAAGAGUUGGAAUCUUGUGUGAUUUUGUUUUU